UACGUCAACUGCUGUCACUUGUUUGGUGCGCGGCUGGUCCCUGAGAAGCUGUUGUCAGAUAGAUGGAAGCUGAGUGUCCGCCCUUUCAGGAUUCUGGCCUGGUGUUUGAUCAAGCUGGUGGCGGUAAGCAAGUUUGCAGAAUACUGUGUACGUCGUGACAGGAAGAAGAAAUCUUGCAUUGGUGUCAUUUGGCGGUGUGAGCCUUGCGGUUCGAAGGAGCGCUUCAUGGCGGUGGCAGUUUCUGCGGGAGGUGAGACUCUGAUGAUGGAGAAUGGACAGAGCACCGCCUCAAAGCUUGGCCUACCACCUCUUACCCCGGAUCAGCAGGAAGCACUGCAAAAGGCAAAAAAGUAUGCUAUGGAGCAGAGCAUUAAGAGUGUGCUGGUUAAACAAACCCUGGCUCAUCAGCAGCAACAGCAGCAGCUCACCAACCUUCAGAUGGCUUCACUGACGAUGGGCUUUGGAGAUCCUCUCUCACCAUUACAGUCCGUGGCUGCCCAGAGACAGCGGGCUUUGGCCAUCAUGUGCCGAGUGUAUGUGGGCUCCAUCUACUACGAGCUAGGAGAGGACACAGUCCGACAGGCCUUUGCGCCCUUUGGCCCCAUCAAGAGCAUUGACAUGUCAUGGGACUCUGUUACAAUGAAACACAAGGGUUUCGCGUUUGUUGAGUAUGAGGUGCCGGAGGCAGCUCAGUUGGCCCUGGAGCAGAUGAACUCUGUCAUGCUAGGAGGGAGAAACAUUAAGGUGGGAAGACCAAGUAACAUCGGUCAGGCCCAGCCAAUCAUCGACCAGCUGGCAGAAGAGGCCCGUGCUUUUAAUCGUAUUUAUGUGGCAUCAGUUCACCCUGAUCUUUCUGAUGAGGAUAUCAAGAGUGUUUUCGAGGCCUUUGGCAGGAUUAAGUCAUGUUCACUGGCAAGAGAGCCCACCAUAGGGAAACAUAAGAGCUAUGGUUUUAUUGAAUAUGACAAGGCCCAGUCGUCCCAAGAUGCAGUGUCCUCCAUGAAUCUAUUUGACUUAGGUGGUCAAUACCUUCGUGUGGGCAAGGCUGUAACUCCUCCCAUGCCCCUGCUAACCCCAACUACUCCUGGUGGACUUCCCCCUGCAGCCGCUGUGGCCGCUGCUGCUGCCACUGCCAAAAUCACCGCCCAGGAGGCGGUGGGAGUUUCAGUAUUGGGAGCACUGGCUGGACCAGCCCUCCUCUCUCAGCAGCUGGGAGGCUUGCCCCAGGCUGUCAUGGCUGCCCAGGCCCCAGGGGUCAUUACAGGGGUGACUCCAGCACGACCCACCCUGCCUAUGCUGCCUCAGGUUGGCCUUGUUAAUCCUGUACUGGCCUCCACCCCAGUUCUGCAAACCUCUUUGAUAGUCCAGGAAAUAAUAAAGAAGAAGGAGGAAGAGGCUCUACAAGAGGCGACAGGCCAGGAACCGUUGAGCGAACAAGAGCAUAUGAGCAUUUCUGGCAGCAGUGCUAGACACAUGGUCAUGCAAAAGCUUCUCCGCAAACAAGAGUCCACAGUGAUGGUGCUGCGUAACAUGGUUGGUCCAGAGGACCUUGACGAUGACCUGGAAGGUGAAGUAACGGAGGAGUGUGGCAAGUUUGGUGCUGUCAACCGGGUCAUCAUCUACCAGGAAAAACAGGGUGAGGAGGAUGAUGCCGAGGUCAUUGUGAAGAUAUUUGUAGAGUUCUCAAUGGCCACUGAGAUGAACAAGGCAAUUGAGGCAUUAAAUAACCGCUGGUUUGGUGGCCGGAAGGUUAUCGCUGAGAUUUAUGACCAGGAGCGUUUUAACAACAGUGAUCUCUCUGCAUAGACUGUCCAGGAAGCCCUUUGACAACUAUCACAGCCUCAACACCUCUGACAUUUUCUGUCUCCAACAAACACACACACACAUAAACAAAGUUAUAUAAAUUAAGUAGACCCACACUGCAAUUUGUAAUGCUGGCCUCCUUUUAACCUGUAAUAUUUUUUUAUUGAUGUUGAUAUUAAUAUUAUUAAUGCUCCUGUGAAGAUUCAUACUUGGCAAGGAGAAUCUCAUGGAUUUGUAUUUUUAAAUUUUGACUGUGGCCUACUGUGAAUGACUGGAUUUUUCUUUUUUUUUUACUGAUUUCAAUGUAUUUUUCCCUCUUAUUGUAGUUUUUAUUCUGUUACACCUUUUCUGAUGGGUGAGUCAACUCUGCUAGGGAACUGUUGUCAUAAAUCUAUUUGUCUAAGUAGCCCCAAACAGACUCUUAAAAUUAUGUUCAAAGUGUUAUAAUAUGUUAUGUGUAAAGUUUGUUAUAAUAAAUACAAAUGGGAAAUCUACAAGUUCACUAUUUAAACCAAUUAUACAGUGGUCCCAUUUUAAAUGACAUUCCAUGAUGUGGAGUAAGGUAUUUUCUUCUGAAAAUAAUUAAUGGCUGCCUACGGAAAAUGACAAAUGUUACUCAAACAUUGCAGCUGAUGUGAAAUCUACCU